AUGACAGAGUUCCUCGAUUAUAAGGUUUUACUUCAGCUCAAAGAUGGGACUACGACUCAAGGAUUUGUGACACUGGUAAAUAGAUCCCAGAUAUCCUUGGGGAGCAGAAGUAUCGAAAAUUCUAAGGUGAAGGACUUGAAGGUUGUUCAGUUACCAGGAGACAAAUUAAAGCUGAGAUCGAAAGCUAGUCUAACACAAUUAGAUGAUGCCAUAGUUCUGGUUUCUGGUGCAAAUUCUAGAAGUGCCACUCCCCGUUUGUCAAAGAAGCAUCCCGACUGGGGCUCCGACGUUCAAGAUAUAAAGAGCUCCGAAGACUUUGAUUUCGCUGCCAAUUUGGCAAUGUUUGAUAAGAAGUCUGUUUUUGCUGAUUUUCAAAAACAUGACAGUGUCAGUGCUCAGGAUAGACUAGUCAGUCACAACAAGGUGGAGAAAAGAGUUAAAAAUGCACAGGACAAGUACGAUAAUGAUGAAAUGAUCCUUUCCAAAAACAAACAGGACAACUGGAAUAAAUUAGGAUCGUUAUCUCAAAGACUUUCUCUGCCAGUAAGUUCGGGGGGACUUCCAUCCACUGGCAGUAAGGUGAGCCGAGACUCCCAAGUUUACAAAUUUACUUUCGAGGAUGGUUCAUCUCCUGUGCCAUUAGCUUCACCAGUGCAACUUUUGGAGAUAGAGCGGAUUGCUGAAGAAAGUUUUGGAAUUGAUGCCACGAUAUCCGUGGAAAUAUGCGCCUCGAAUCUAUAUAACAUGAUUGUGUCGAAAAUUCUUGGUGGAUCUGUGCGGUUAAGUAAUCGCAAAAACCACAAUUUGCCCCCGUUAGUUUUGCUUUUGAUUGGGAGUGGUCACUGCAGCAGUAAGGCAUUUGCUCUCGGAAGGCACCUAUCAAAUCAUGGCGUAAGAGUUUUGGCCUACGUGAUAAAUGAGGAUAUCGUUGAAGCUGAUACACUUCGCCAAUGUCAGCUUUUUGAGAAAUGCGGGGGGAAGGUGGUGAGCACUGGAUUUCCUGAGCUUGUGGAUUUUUUGAAUAAUCAACUUGAUACUCCAGUUGAGCUUGUUAUCGAUUCCUUGCAAGGGUUUGCGAGCCAAAUUUCCGAUCUUUUCUACACCUCAGAGAGUAUGGACAUUCUAAGAGAAGUUGUCCGUUGGACAAAUGAGCCCGGGCAAAAAUUCAAAGUUUUAUCUCUUGAUAUUGCUUCUGGCAUAGACGGCGGCUCUGGUACCGUUUCCGAUCAGCUGUUGAAGAUAAACAGCAAGUUUAUUGCUUCGUUGGGUCUUCCUGUCAGCGGCUUACUCCAUGCCUACAACAACGGCUCGCUCAAUGAUGAUGUACAGCAUUAUGUGGUGGACCUUGGGAUAUGCAAUGAUGUCUACACUGCCAAACCUCAUUUGAGAAAGUUUGACAAGUUCUGGUUCUGCGCUGAAGGUUUCAUGAAACUAGAAUUGAUUUCAGAGUGA